CUAGUGUCAUACGACAUACGUUAUUAAUGUACGCAUAUAUAUUUUUUUUGUCAAUAUUUAUUUUUAGUAGUGCGACAAAUCAAACAUAAUCGAGCUUAAUUAUUCAGAAAAUCACUUAUCCUGGAAAUUAAAAUUGAUUUUGAAGUUAAUUUGAACAAUGUCAAAGCGUGGAAAUAGUGACGAUAAUUCGCAAUCUCCGAUUCAUGGUAAAAAAAAAAAUACAAGCUUUACACAUCUGACUCAUCUAUGCAGAUUCCAUUGAGAACACUAUGUCGCUGGCGGUCAAGAGGUUAUUUCGAUGAAGACAUUUCGAGUCCAAAUAAUAACUUGAAUAAUUCUGAUGAUGAUGAUGAUGAUGAUGAUGAUAAUAAUGAUCAAAAUAUUUUGAACCGUUGUGGCACUGAAAAUGAUGAUGGCAAUGAUCCUAAUAAUUUAUUAGCUGAUUGUGACAGUGUUUCCAGUGAAAAUACAGAUGAUGAAAAUCCUGCUCCAUUAAAUAUAAGUGAUGAAGAAUCAAUAAAUAAUGUUAUAAGUGACAAUGAUGAUAAUUAUAAUGAAAAUAAUUUUGAUGAACAAGUUGAUGAGAAUAGUGAUGACAAUGAUACUAUUGGUAAUGCGUAUGAAUACGAAAUGUUGCAUGAAAACAGCAAUGUAACGACGGAUGAAUGUGUUUUACAGUUAUUAGAUUUUUAUGUGAAACAUAAUAUCACGAAAAUUGCUUUGCAGCAGUUGUUACAAAUGCAACUAAAAAUUUUACCUGCAGACAACCAAUUGCCAAAAACAGUGUGUAAGUUAUUUCAAUAUGCCCAAAAUAUUGCUCCUGUGUGCCGAGUUAUUAAACAUUAUUAUUGCAGAAAACGUUUAUUUAAUUCAAAAAGUCAGAUAAACAAGAAAAUUACAUUUAAGUGUUCUAUAUGUGCGACAACUAAUUCAAAAGAUUUUUCUUUUUUUCAUGAAUUUGAUAUUGGUGAUCAAAUUAGAAUUUUAUUUGAAAAUUACAACUUAGCUGAAAAGUUAAAAAAACCUACAUUGCAAAAUGUUGAAAAUAUAUCGGAUAUUGUUGAUGGUAGUGAGUACAUCAGAGUUAACUCGAAAUCAAAGAGGUAACUUUGAUUUAACUCUGAUUCUUAAUAUUGAUGGCCUAGCAUUAGUAAAAAGUGCUAAAAGCCAUUGUUGGCCGGUUUUGUUCAUCAUCGCAGAACUUCCCCAAGAUAUUAGAGAUAAAUAUGUGAUAUAUUUGCUGGGCUGGGGUAUGACAACCUUAUUAAACCACCGAUGAAUGUUUUUCUUAUGCCAAUUUGUUUAAAACUAAAAAAAUAUUUUUGUAAAGGUAUUGAUUGGACAAAUCCUAAAACUAAAGAAAUAGUUAAUACUAAAAUAGUUGCUCCAUUAGUUAUUGCAGAUGCACCAGCUCGGGCGCAAUUGCAAAACAUCUUAAACUUUAAUGGUCGAUAUGGAUGCAACAUUUGUGAAAUUAUAAUGGUUAAAUGUACAAAAAUUGCUGGAAAAAAAACUGUACGUUGUUAUCUUUUUCGAAUUGAUUCUAAAAUUAGAACUGGUAGAAGAAUGGAAGCGCAAGCUGAAAAAUUACGUCAACUAGAGAAUAAAGAUCAAAUAAGAGGUGUGAAAGGGUAUUCUAUUUUAUCUUGUUUACCGUUAAUUGACAUUGGAACAUGUGUCAUACCAGAAUACAUGCAUUCGGUUUUAUUUGGUGUUGUUAACCAAUUCAUGACUAUUUGGUUUGAUAAAAAAGGUCCUUGGAAUAUUAAAAACAAAAGCGAAGAUAUUGAUAAGUUCAUGUGCAAUAUUCGAGUUCCUCAAUCUUUUUCAAGACUACCAAGACAGUUAUCUCAUUUUAAAUUGUAUAAAGCCUCAGAAAAUUAUAAUUUUCUGUUAUUUUAUUCUCUUCCUGCACUCGUUGAUCACUUACCUCAGAAAUAUUUAGAGCAUUGGCUAUUGUUAGUAAUAUCAAUUUUUAAUUUAGUCAGAACGACAAUAACUCAAGAUUAUCUUGAAGAAUCAGAUAACUUGCUGCAGUUAUUUGUAUCUCAAAUCGAAAGUCUUUAUGGUGAUAGAGCUUUGUCAUACAACUGUUAUCAACUUAUUCAUCUACCACUUUGUGUUAAAAGAUGGGGACCUUUACGAUCAACUUCUGCCUUUGUAUUUGAAAACUACAAUGGUUUCAUUGCAAAAUGUGUCCACGGUAAUAGGAAUUUUGGCCAAGAAAUUGUCAAUUGUGUUCAAAUUGCUCAAGGCAUCCAGAUUUUGAAAAAUCGUAUAGCUGAACGACGAAACGUAACUUCUAGAACUAAUCAGUCAAAAAAUUAUGAACUUUUAGGGCAUGAAAUUAUAAAAAAAGAGCUUGAUGUUGUGGAACGCAAUAUAUUAUUAUCUAAUGGUUGGGAAUUUGAAAAUUUAUCUAUUUACACACGUAUUAAAGUUAAUAAAGUCAUUUAUACAUCUGAAAUUUAUAAAAUUACAAAAACAAACAGUCAUACAGUCCAAAUAGAUACUAAUGUUUUUACUGUGUACGGUUCAAUUAAAUUUUUUGUUCAGAAUCAAAAUGAUAUUUUUAUUGUGAUUCGUCGUUUCAAUGUAACUCAUCAAAAUGUUUCAUAAUUCUUCUACUAAAAAAACCGUUGAGCAUGUUAUACCGAUUGUGGAAACUAAUAAUUUGAUGUUGUUGAAUUUAAACGAUAUUAAAUCAAUGUUUCAACUUGUGCGAGUUGAAGAUUAUGUUUGUAAACAA